UAAACUUAACACUAGAAGAGUUUCGAACAUGGAGCCCCUGUAAACACCUUUUCUUUUCAAAUCAGCAUGCAAACAUUGCAACCUAAGGCUGAAUGAAACUCGAUGUUGUGGUCAUUAAGUUUGAGAGACGAGCAUUUUAAGAGGCCUCCUUUGUGUGCUCUUCGGAGAGGAAGAUGAAUGUGCCCCUACAGUGAUUCAACAAAACGAGAAGCGCUCAGAAUCGCGUGUGUGUGUGUGUGCGUGUGUGUGUGUGUGUUUAUAAAGGAUCUGAGACAUUUUGUCCCUGCCUUCCUUCAACUUCCUGCAGUGCAAAUACGUGUGGUGCAAAAAAAGAGGAAGUGCAAUCCCAGCCUCACAUUUCAAUGUCAACGUCUUGCUCUUCACACGCCAAAGCGCUACCACGACUCAAAUUUCCCUCUACUUUUGUUUCGGGUGUUUUUUGUUUGCUCGCCUUUGUUGUGCGACCAUGAUGUCAAACACCUUCUCGUACGUGCUGCUCCAUAGCGCCCCCCGCAGACCUCUGCUCAACAGGCGAUGUCUGAGCGAUACCUCGGACCUGUUUGCCAUGAUCGAGAGGAUGCAGGUACUGGUUGCAGAAUGGACGAGCAGAGAUGCAGCCUCCCUCCGCCCCUCAAAACCGAAGAGGACUACAUCCCUUACCCCAGUGUUCAUGAGGUUCUUGGUCGCAGUAGCCCAUUCCCGCUCAUCUUGCUUCCUCAGUUUGGGGGCUACUGGAUUGAGGGGACCAAUCACCAAGCGAGAGGGACACCGGAAGCUGUGCAACCUCAAUGCACCACCUCUUGCGUCAAGCUCGAGACCAACAGCACGGCCAAGAUCUACAGAAAGCAGUUCAUGGGCAAAGAGCACUUUAAUUACUACACAAUGGAUGCCGCCCUGGGCCACUUGGUCUUCUCAUUAAAGUACGAUGUCAUCGGGGAUCAAGAGCAUCUGCGCUUGAUGCUGCGCUCCAGGCUAAAAACCUACCACGAUGUCAUCCCAAUUUCCUGCCUCACAGAGUUCCCCAAUGUGGUCCAGAUGGCAAAGCUUGUUUGUGAAGAAAUAAACGUCGAUCGGUUUUAUCCAGUUCUCUACCCAAAGGCGUCGCGCCUCAUCGUUACCUUUGACGAGCAUGUGAUCAACAAUAAUUUCAAGUUCGGAGUCAUUUAUCAAAAGUUUGGCCAGACCACAGAAGAGGAAGUCUUUGGAAACAUGAAAGAAAGCCCGGCUUUUGUCGAGUUUUUAGACUUCCUGGGCCAGACUAUUGAGCUGCAUGACUUUAAAGGGUUUCGAGGAGGCCUCGACGUCACGCACGGCCAAACGGGGACAGAAUCGGUUUACACAAACUUUCACGGCAAGGAGAUCAUGUUCCAUGUCUCCACCAAGCUGCCUUAUACCGAGGGGGACUCCCAGCAGCUACAGAGGAAGAGGCAUAUAGGCAACGACAUCGUCGCCAUCGUGUUCCAGGAAGAGAACACGCCCUUCGUUCCCGACAUGAUCCAGUCCAACUUCCUGCACGCCUACGUGGUGGUCCAGGUGGAGGACGCGUGUACGGACAAUGUCACAUACAAGGUAUCUGUGACAGCGAGGGAUGACGUGCCCUUCUUUGGGCCGGCCCUGCCUGACCCGGCCAUCUUCAGAAAGGGCCCGGAGCUUCGCGAAUUUCUCUUUACCAAGCUCAUCAAUGCCGAGUAUGCUUGCUACAAGGCGGAGAAGUUUGCCAAGCUGGAGGAGCGUACACGUUCAGCUCUCUUGGAAACGCUGUACGAGGAACUGCACAUCAACAGCCAGUCCAUGAUGGGCCUUGCGAGUGAUGACGAUAAAUUGGAGAACGGCGGUAGCGGAGGAGGCGGAGGCUUCUUCGAGUCCUUCAAGCGGGUCAUCCGCAGCAGAAGCCAGUCAAUGGACGCCAUGGGCCUCAGUAGCAAGAAGUCACACACAGUCUCCACUAGUCACAGUGGCAGCUUUACCCACAAUCUGGCCGAGAGCCCCAAAACACCCGGCAUUUCGUUGCUCGUCCCGGGGAAAAGUCCCGGUAAAUACGGCCGGCGAGGCAGCGCCAUAGGGAUAGGAACAAUAGAAGAGUCUCUGAUUAUUCCGGGAAAAAGUCCCACCAGGAAAAAGUCUGGACCCUUCAGCUCCCGCCGGAGCAGCGCUAUCGGCAUUGAGAACAUCCAGGAGGUCCAAGAAAGAAGCCGGGACGUGUCGCCGUGCACUCAAAGGACGUCAGACAGCGGCCACAUCUCACAGGAAAAUCGAUCGGACAAUUCGUCCAAUCACAGCUCUCCUGAGUUUACCCCUGCCAAAAACAGUUUGGCCAUGUGUUGCAGGGCGCCGUCCAUCCCAGAGGCUCAGGACCUUUCCCGCUCCUCCUCCAACGCAAGCAGCUUCGCCAGCGUCGUGGAAGAGCACGAGGCCGACGACGAGUAUGACACGGGAUUGGAAAGUGUGUCGGCCACUACGCCACACAAGAGAGACUCUCUGGAUGACAGCUCGCUUAGUAUGAGCCACGCAGGUUUCACAGCCACACAUCCUCCUCCGUCUCGACUCCAUCAUCAAAGCGACGGACCUAAGGGACCCGAGUCGAAAGCGACAGAUGGCCGUUCCAGGCCAGAGCGCCCGCCGCUGGAGCACAAGUCCUCGAACUGUUAGCCACACGCCACUGACUCGCCCCAUCCACGUCCCUUGUCAGCAUUUCUUGGAGAGCCACUACAAGUCAGAACUAAGCAAAUGGUUCGCUGGUUCUGCCUGGUUCUGACCAAGCUCGACUUCAAGACGCGGGCCAUAGCUCUUUCCUGGAAGGGUUCCUUUUGGACUCAUUAGCCAUCCUGACAAGAUGUCAAUGCAAGCUCAGAGGUCCAAAAAAUCCUUUGUAGGCCAUGCAGGAUCAUCAUCUCCGUGUCAGUGUGCAACUUAAUCCCAGUUUUGAAGAUUUGGAGUGAGGUCAACUGAGCGUUUUUGAGCCGAGUGUUUGGUCUGUAACCUGUUGAGCAUCCACGUGAUGCCAUUGUUUUACGUUCAUUUGAGGAACGAACAGCAUUUGACAACAGAAGCAUUUCAUCAAACUUAACAUGUCCAUAAAAUGGGAUAUCGUUAUCUCAACGUCCACUGAUGGUAGAAUGGCAGUUAAAAAAGGGAAGUCAUAUUUACUUUGGUGCCUCAACCAGCAACAAAGCAUUUUCAACCGUUUGUUUGUGCGAGUGCUACUGUGCAUGGUGUCAACCUGCUUGACAAAAAACAAAACGAGAAAAAAAAAAGAAACUCCUCUGGUGCCACGUUGGUUGUACCUGUGAUUCCCGUUUUAUUCAUCUCCACGUGUAGUGUACAAUAUGAAUCCACACUUUUUUUGUACUGAAAUGUCAGAUAGUUGUGACUUAUGCUUACAUUUAUGGAAAGCCAUUUGAGCGUUUAUUCAUUAUCCAACUACUGCGCUGAAUUAUCCAUGUACCUGUACGCUCCUUGUCCUCAUUACUAAUACAAGUUAGCACACUAGUAGAAUAACUCAUGACUUUUUUUUCCUGUACGACAUUUCCGUGCACUCCCAAAAAUUAUUUUUUGCCGAGACGUUCCGAGAGAACAUUCCCUAGCAGUUGUGUUUCAUUGGUAGACAACUAUCUUUUUUUAUAUGUACCUAAGAAUUGUCCAAAUCCUCUCAUGGCAGCCUCUCAACAGUAAUUAUUCAUUAAAUCUUGUAGUCAUUCAUGAAUACAAAGAUUUUAUUUCAUUGUUAUUUAGGUGUUUAUCACUAAACAUGACAUAAUAACAAUAGUAAGUGGGGAAAACAUUCCCCUUACCUUUUUCUUAGUGAUAUACGUUUUUACUCCCUUAAUGUUGUAUGUAUUAAGCUUGUUAGUUGUUAGCUAGUAAAAGGUUUUAAUGUCACCAGCAGUACUAGUAACAGUUGUCAACUAGUGCACAGUUUUGAUUUUCUCGUAACGUUGU